AUUUAUUCUAUCAAUUUACUUAUUGCGACCCCCAAAACCAUUCAACUUUACCAUCUCAUUAGUGACUGUCCCUAGCAGAAAAAUAGUGCGGACAAGUAGCUCAUCGCUCGGGGAGGAGCUGGGACACUGCUUUGUCAUACGCAACAGGACGCCCUCUGCCUAAACUACUACUAAAAUUCCUCCCCAACCUCUUUCAUUUGACCGAAUCCAAGUUGAAUACUUCUCUAAUCGCGCGAGCCUCGCGAGACUCGUCAUCCUUAGCCCAACCGCUUAUCGAUUGCAAAGUAACACCAGAACAAAUCUUACAUGACAUCUACGAAAAAAGGACCUAUCUACCAAGUACCGAUCGACUCGUCGCCUUACGCUGACAGCCGGGUGAUCUCUGAAUUCUCACCAAUUUCUCAACUCUUCGGCAAUUCAACACAAUGACCAACGCACCUACCGAGAACGAGCAGGGGCCACCCGCGCCCACGCAGCAACACGAAGAGGAUGUUCCGAUCCCUACCGAGGCAAAAAUGCCGACUCGGAAGGAUACGUCAUUGAAGGAGUUCCUAGCCAAAAUGGAUGACUACGCGUCUAUCAUCCCCGAUGCAGUAACACAUUACUACAUGACCAAAGGCGGUCUCCCCCCGCCACCCCAAACCGACGAGCGCCUCGCGCACCUAAUCGCACUAGCCACACAAAAGUUCAUCGCCGAUAUCGCGGCCGACGCUUACCAAUACAGUCGAAUCCGGGCCUCAAACACAAGCGCGAACAACCCAAUGGGCAACCUAGGUGCCGCGGCCGGAUUACAAAUCCCGGGCCAGACACAGGCGAACGCGAAGGACCAAGGGCGCGGCGGUCCGCUGGGUAUCCAGCGAGCGGGUUACGGUGGUGGUGGACAAGGUGGCAGUCAGAAUCGCACCGUCCUCACCAUGGAAGACCUCGGUACCGCUGUAUCGGAAUACGGGGUUAAUGUUAAGAGGAGCGAGUUUUAUAGAUGAGCUUACUCUAGUCCUCUAAGACAACGCGACAACCAAAGUAGGGAACAGAAUGGCUACUUCUCCCGAAUACUCGACUCGCGUACCCUAGUUUUGGGAAAUUGAUAUCAUCGGUAUUGCUCUACGAAACGGUGGGGUUUCGAGUAGUCUCAAUGGUAUCGGCGGAUCCUUUUGUCGAAAAUGGCAUUGGCGUUUGGGGAUAGGCGUUUCUCCUUUUCAGUCAUAAAGCAUUACUUCAUUAUUUGUCUGUACAUCAGGUUACAUCACAUCACAACACAAUAAGGAGGACCGGGCUGUAUAAAAGACCAGAUUGCAGAUGGCCUGCAAACUCCAUAUGGACAGGUUAUAAUAGCAGAAUCUGUUUUAAUCAUAU